UUUUUCUCAUUCGUGUCGCUAAGUGUUUUUCUCUAUUCUCUCAUCUCUUUCUACUGAUAUCUCCGGCGACAACACUGAAGCAAUUAAUCCUCUCUUUGGGCAUCAGUUCGUCCUCGUAGAAGCAAUAAACCAUCUCGUUGGCCAUAAGUUCGUCCUUACAUUCUCCAGAUCAGCUCGAUUUCAUCUCGCGAGGCAAGGUUUUGUCUUUCUAGUGUUAGUUCUGUUAUUUAUUUUUCCGUAGACGGCGAGAUUUAGGGUUAGGUUCUUUAGAUUUGCUGUUUGUUUCAAUUUUCCUCAGAUUUAGGGUUGUGUAUCAAUUUUGUUAUGAGAUUUAGGGUUAUGUGCUUUAGAGUUGUGGUUUGUAACAAUUUUUUCUGAUUCUUCUUUAGAUUUGGUGUUUAUCUUAUUUUUGAGAUUUGGAUUUGAUUUAGCUUCAUAUAUGUUCUCUUAUACUUCACAGGAUGUUGUGUUAGAUAGAUAGGAGAGUGAGUUUUGUGUGAAGUCUUGUAAGAAAUAGAGUUUUUAUAAAAUUGAUUAAAAGCGUUUGCUUGGCGCGUUCCAAGUGUGUUUAUUGUGUGUCUUGAGUUCUCUAUACCAUAACAAAAAGGUCUAGAUGGCAACUUCAACGGUUUUGUUGACCCGCGAUUAGAGAAUGACUUUGAUGUCAUCGAAAUGACGAGAGUGGUUGCUUGCGCUGCUGCUAGCGUCCGCCAUGCAGCGAAACGCCGUCCAACAAUGACCCAGAUUGUUCGAGCAUUUGAAGGCAACAUUUCUCUAGCUGACAUAACCGAAGGAGUUGCUUCAGAAGACAGCACUGGUUACAGCUUAGACGGGAGCUCGGAUUACUGCUCAACACAAUACAGAGAGGAUUUGAAGAAAUUCAAGAAAAUGGCACUUGAAAGCCAGACAUAUGGUAGCAGCGGUUUGACGAGCGAAAAUGGUCAGGACUUAGAACCAUCAAGCUCCUCUAGCAUCAACGAAGGAUGACGUAACGCAGCUAGCAGACCCUCAUA